ACUUCAAAAAUUUUUCUCGGUGUGUUGAAGCGUAAAAAAAUUGAGACGUAGCUGCGUCCCUGAGUGUACGGGCUGGACCCUGUUUUCUCUCAUAGUUUCCCAACCCAAUGAUAUAAACGACGACAACAGAGGUGUCCGAUUUUUCCCCACUUUUGCCUCGAAAGACUCCAUUCGCGUGUUUUUACUGAACAUGGGCGCAUCAAAGCGCGCACACUAGUCAAACACAUAUAGAUUAAACGUAAUUACAUACAUAAAUAUAUAAACAUAUGUAUAUCUGUAUACGUAUAUAUUCAAACGUCUCCGUAGUGUGCCUUACGUCGUUCGGAUACGAAAUUCACGAUUUGGGUGAUAAAUCAUAACAUUAUCUAUUGGAUUUAUUCUGACGAGAGGGAAUAAGUUGAGUUAAAAAAAAAUUCCACAUGGGUGCUCCGUUCUUUCGUCGUCUCUCCGAACACCUUCGGUAAUUCAAUAUCGGGCGCGAAAUAAAGAUUUUCCAAUGUUUAUUCACAAAAUUUCAUGGACCGUUUCGUUUUUUUGCGAUGGGAUCGUAUAAACGGGACAUUAACACGCCAUACUAAAAUUCUGAUCUCUUGGCUGAUCAGUGUAUGGUUAUGAUGAUACAGAUACGAAGAGUCGAUCGUCGAAUUAAGUGAAAUAAUGGAGUGCAGAUAAUUAUAAAACGUUAUCUGUAUAUCGGUAUACACAGAAACAUAUCGCUCGUGUAUAUAUCCAGAAAUAUAUGGACGCCUACAUAUAUUUAUAUACACAUAGAAAUUAUUGUUUUUACGUUCGUCGCAAUCUCCGCAGGUCGCAGAUUUCGCGGUCCUGCUAAAUGACAUAAUACGGGACAAAUUUUCAUUUUGUUAUGUUAUCUAAUAAAUUUGCAAUUCUUUUAAAUCUUCGGAAAAGUGUUUAUUUUAAUAAUAUCGCGAGCUGAUUUAAUAAAAUAAAUAAUAUUAAUCAGGUUUCCCUUCGCUUGAAUUCAGUGAUCGCUAGUUAAUCUUAAAAAUAAUAAAGUUACGGGAAUAACAUCGAUAUAAGAAGUCACCAAUAUGGAGAACCCCAUGCAACCACCCCUGCCACCGCCGCAACCCUCGAAUUCUCGUGACACCUGCAACGAGACAACUGUCACUCACGUAUUGACAUUUGGUCAAAACGUCGUCGAUCCAUUCCUGAACUUCCACCUUUGUUUCCUUGCUCGCGGAUGCGCGCGCGAGAGAGAGAACGAGACAUUUUUAGUUCGAACGUAGCGCCGCAAUCGUGACUGUGUAUUAAUUCUCCUAAAUGCGGGAAAAAGAAAGGCCGAAAAGAAGGAACAAAAGACAACGACGAGGCUCCGUCACGGCAGAAAAGAUGCGUCCUAAAAAUUUGACUUUGCCGUCGUUUUGAAACAACGAAAAGUGCAGUUUUAACGUUAAGAGUGAAAAAAAUAAUAACUCGUUCGAAGGAGACCGGCCAAUCGAAGCGACGAAUAUCGAAAGAAGCUAAAUUGCCGACUCGUUCGAACCGCGAGGACAAAAAACACUGCCGAAAACGUGUUUUUCGAGCGAACAGACAUUUCUCGUCGCUCGUCGUUUUUUUGUCUUCUCUCGUUAAUUCUUUGAAUAACACGAUGAAGAAUCCGGAACACGAGAGCGGAUAUUUCGAGGAUGGAAGUGACGUUGAAAUAAUCGCCGAAGAGUGCACCAUAAGUGAGGAUAGAAAAUGGGGCUCCGGAUCCUGCGGACUUGCCAAGGCAAUAAGACAACUCGACGUACGAGAUUCGCCCGCAUCGCCCGAACCCACUUUUCCCGAACAACAAAACCAUCGAGUCAAUUUGGCGGACAGCGGUGGUCAAAGAGUGGACAUGACUCAUUUCGAUCUCCUCAAAGUUCUCGGCACAGGAGCGUAUGGCAAAGUCUUUCUCGUGCGGAAGAGAACGGGUGCCGAUACCGGACGAUUGUACGCGAUGAAGGUAUUGAAAAAAGCGUCGAUUGUACAGAAGAAGAAAACUACGGAACACACGAAAACGGAACGACAGGUUCUCGAAGCUGUGCGGGACAGUCCCUUUCUCGUAACCCUCCAUUAUGCCUUUCAGACUGAUGCCAAGCUCCAUUUGAUUCUCGAUUACGUAAGCGGCGGUGAAUUAUUUACCCAUUUGUACCAACGCGAGCACUUUACCGAGGACGAAGUUAGAAUUUAUAUCGGCGAAAUUAUUCUCGCGCUCGAACAUCUACACAAGUUGGGAAUUAUUUAUCGGGACAUUAAGUUAGAAAAUAUACUUUUGGAUCGAGAGGGUCACAUCGUACUCACCGAUUUUGGUCUGAGCAAAGAAUUUUUACCACACGAAAGGGACAGCAACGCUCGUGCCUACUCAUUUUGUGGGACGAUAGAGUACAUGGCACCGGAAGUUGUACGAGGUGGAUCAGCGGGACACGACAUUGCCGUCGAUUGGUGGAGCGUGGGCGUUUUAACGUACGAGCUUCUCACCGGAGCUUCGCCGUUCACAGUCGAGGGAGAGAAAAAUACGCAGCAAGAAAUAUCCCGAAGAAUAUUAAAAACGGAGCCACCAAUACCAAAUCAUCUGGGGGCGUCUGUGAGAAACUUCAUUUCACGUCUUCUCGUCAAGGAUCCACGACAGCGACUCGGCGGUGGUCCCCAUGAUGCACGCGAGCUUAAAGAACAUUCUUUUUUCAAAAAAUCUUCGUCAUCGUUCAGCUGGGAAGCUCUCGAAUCGCGACGCAUACCACCACCCUUUGUGCCUAGAAUAGCUCAUGAACUCGAUACGAGCAAUUUUUCUGAAGAAUUCACGAAAAUGGUCGCCGCUGACAGUCCUGCUGUUGUACCACCCAAUUACGAUAAAAUAUUCCGGGGUUAUUCGUACGUGGCUCCGUCGAUAAUAUUCGGUGAGAACGUGGUGAGCGAGGAAAUAUUCAAAGAUUCGGUACCAACGAGCCACGAGCAGCAGCAGCAGCAGCAGCAGCCUCCUCAUCGUCCUUCGUCGACGGACGUGAUAGCAUCGCGUUUUGAGGAAUCGACGUUCUUCCAAAUAUACGCGCUCGAUCCGCGUGAGGAUGCGCUGGGCGACGGUAGUUUUUCGGUGUGUCGUCGUUGUCGUAAUCGUCAAACAGGCCAAGAGUACGCGGUAAAGAUAGUAAGUCGUCGAGUGGAUUGUGGCCGGGAGGCGAAUCUCUUGAGGACUUGUCAAGGGCAUCCAAACGUAGUUAAACUAAUCGACGUUUAUCAGGAUCGCGCGCACACUUACAUAGUCAUGGAAUUGUUAUCGGGAGGUGAAUUGUUGCGGGACACUCGAAGAUUCACAGAAACUCAGGCGCGCGUGGUGAUGAAACAGUUAGCAUCGGCGGUGAAGUUCAUGCAUUCCCGUGGUGUCGUACAUCGGGAUUUGAAACCGGAAAAUCUCGUUUACGCCACCAAGUCAUCGGAUUCGAUAGUAAAAGUCGUAGACUUUGGUUUCGCCCGAAUGAAAAGAGCUUGCGAGCCGUUGCACACGCCUUGCUUCACGCUGCCGUACGCAGCGCCGGAAGUCCUGGCGAGACAAGGCUACGACGAGAGCUGUGACUUGUGGAGCCUUGGAGCGAUAUUGUACUCGUUGCUCUCGGGCAGUCCACCUUUUCGUGCCGGCUCGCCGGACCUGGCUUCACGGAUAAGAACCGGUGACAUUAAUUUCAACGAUUCCAACUGGUCUCACGUUUCCGAAGCAGGAAAAGCCGUAACCCGCGGUCUUUUGAUGGCUGAUCCGAACGAACGUCUGACGGCGAACGCUCUCGUAAACCAUUCAUGGCUGGUGAACGGUCAAGAUCCCUCUGAUUGUCCAGGCGUUUCGAACGCGAGAACCGAUCCGAUAAUUCACGAAAAUUACGCGAGCAGCCAUUUAGAAAAAUUGAACGAUUUUCGUUUGCGCGAAGUCGACGGUGCCAAAUUGGCUCAACGUCGAAAAUUCCACAAACGUUCUACCUCCAGUUCCGUUUCUUCCUCCACAUCGACCACCUCCUCUUGUCCAUCGGUACCAAUACUUAGACCUCCUAGUUCAUCCACGACAACAAACACAGCGAGCUCCCACACCGCAACUAACGUGUCUUCCGCUUCGCCUGGACAGCCUCCCAGCGCCUUCGACUUCGGCGAGGACAAAGUCAACGAGUAUUUGAGCUCUUUGUCCUCCUCUUCCGAUUCUAACUCGCCGAGAAAUCCACCCCGAAGAAUCGAGGACCGCACCGAAAGCGACGAUCAACAACCUCGUGCUAAACGACGAAAACGCGACGUCCUUCCUCCUUCCGAGGAGAAGAAAAACGUCACCAGCUCUACCUGCUGCAACGACGGUCCUGUUACACGAUCGAAAAAACGCAAACUCGAAGCCAGCGAAUCCGACAGUUCCAUCGAAUCUUGCGAACCUACACGCUCCGGCAAACACGAUCUUAAUCUCCAUAGAAAACAGAAAAGUGGCAAACGGCCGAGAAGAACGGUCGCUAUUGUUGUAGAGUGAAGUUAAUUUAUUAAUUAUAUAUUUCUCAUUGGAUCCAUCGAUUCAAUUGGCCUUCCUAGUGCAGCAUGAGGGAGGAGAGAGGGAGAGAGAGAGAGAAAUAGAUCGAUCGUGGGGAAAAUGAAAAAUGUCAAAUUCCUUGAAACGUAAAAAAAGGAUUGGAAGAUAAAGUCAGUUUUUAAAUAUGAUAACGGCAUGAAUUUUGAAAGUGAAAAACCACUUUCCCUCUAAAACUUUCUGCGCCUUUUUACUCAAAUUUUACUCGUACUUCGUUUAUCACAUUUUUUAAAUGAAUUUCAUUUCCAGCUCACAAAUAUUGACCCCUCUAAACUUGAAAUGUAAAUAUUUUCAAACAAUUUACCCCUUCGAUCUCUCUUUCUCUCCUGAGGACUGAUCACGGGUGAUACACGGUUGUUGCAUGCGUCAUUCCUAUCUCCAAUACAAUAUGAAUAUUUGUAGGCGAAUACGAAUGUUUACAAAAGCGAAGAAACCGCCGUAUUGUAAAUCAAUGAAACAAUCUUCGAUACUUCAAUGUUCUUGGUCCUUGUUCAAAUAUUUUUAGUAAAUCGUUUCGGGAUUAUUGAUAUUGUAUGAAACAAUUUAGGUCACAUUAAUAAGUAAUAAUUGUUGGAACAUUAUUAGAAAAUCGAGUUAUCCACCCUCCGAAAGUAGUGGAUGAAUUUUUUUCUGUCAAUUUUAGUAUUAAAAUAUGUACGAACGUUGAGCUUUUUUCAUUUAUCGAGCUGAAUUUCUAAUCAUGAUCUUGUCAAGUUCAUCGGCAUUAAUAUUCACGAUUAUUCGUCAAGACGAAAUCUACGAAUAUGAUAAAGGAUGCGAAAAAAUGAUAAAGCGCCAUUUUUUUCGCACGGCGAUAACGGAACGUCGGUAUUUUUACCAAUCGAAUUGAAUCAUUGGGAAAAAUAUAUAUUUCAAAAUAUGUAUAUCCAUAUACGAAUAUAUGUUUUCGUAUAUAAAUGUAUUUUUAUUAUGAAUCUGCUAACAGCGUUUUCAUACUAAUUACGUGCUUCGAAUUUAACGAAAGAGAAGAGAAUCGCGUGUUAGUAAUUUGUAGCAAAGCGAGAUAAGAAAAAACUAUGUGAAAGGAGAAAAGCCGAAAAAAAAUAACAUUUGUAUUCGACCAAGUCUCAUCUUCGCGUGGUCCGAAGUAGAGUCUCUUCCAGUCCUCGCUUCGGAGCAUUUUUAAAAUUCCAUCUAACUGACCCAUGAAAGUUAAUGUUUCACACUGGAAUAACAAUGGAAAUGAUGCAGGGAUGAGUAAAGUAGUUCCUGCACCAAAACUUAGCAAGAAAAAAAAAAACGAAAAGUUUUUCCAAUCGUUCUAAUAACAGAUAAACCGAAUUGAUGUUCGAUCAAUUCUCGUACCCCGAAUUUUCUCUCUCCGAUACUGUGCCUCUAGCGUAAUUGUUUUGUUUUUCGUUCAUUCGUUAAACUUAUUCGCACGAAUUCGUUUACGAUUAUAACGGAGUGAAAUUUUGCCUUUGAAUAUUUAUAUAUAUAUAUAUAAAAUAAAAAGCGACGACGACAACAAAAGUUUAUAUACACUCUAGAGCGAUAAAUUUUCAAAUUUAAUCUUCGAUCGACUAACCGCAUUGAAUAUAUCGUUCUUCACUAUAUAUUGAUUCGAUAAUAAACUGUGACCAAAUUGGAAAUGAGAACAUCGUCCAAACGUAAGCUCGCUCCAUCGAAAACGCAAUCGAAACUUUCCGACAAAAAAUUUGUAUGAUAUAUUUAUAGGAAAGCUUUUUAUUGCAUUUUUGAUGGAAAGAAAAAUGAUCAAGAAAACGUUUUUUUCUUGAAAUCAUAGCCCUUAAACCAAAUACAUAUUUUUAUCCGCCCCAAUUUUUCUCUCCAUUGUAACAAUUCGACUCACCAAUUUAUCGUUUCAUUUGAGUUCGUCGAUUGACAGAUUAAAGUCUCGAUAAUAAAUUACAUUUAUACGUGUAUACCAAAUACAUAUAUACAUUAAUGUUUACACGUUUAAAAAAAAAGAAUAUUCGAUUAAUGAAAUCUCUAAACUGUUUCACCUGACGUGUGGUUAACGUUGUUGAAAAAAAAAAACGAUGCCGAUGAGAGGGAGGAAAGGAUGGAAGGGGAGGGCUGUAAGAGAGAAAAACAAAACGAUGAAUAAAUGAAGAAACGAAGUGAGAGAAGUUGUGUGAAGACUGAAAAGGUUGUAGGCCAACUCAGGGAACAGACAUGCUUACGUGUGAGCGGCGUCUUACAUAAUUACGAUAUCAAUGUUAAUAUGCGUGUUGACGAAAAAAAAAUAAUAAAUAAAGCGAAAAACAAUUCCGUACGCACACCAAAGACGACUGAAGCAACGAUGUGCUGUAAGACCAAAAAAAAAAAUUAAAAAAAAAGAAAAACGAAACUAGCCCAAACAAACAAAAGAAAAAAGUGAAUCAAUCUGUGUAACGCGAUAAUGGGUGAUUCCAUGUUAUAUCGGAAUUUCAAGCAAGAGACAGGGACACUCACUUAGUGUAUAUACGAAAAAGAAAAAAACAACAACAACAAAAUAUAUAAGAAGUGUAAAUAAGUAUAGGGCAAUGUAAAAAAAAAAAAAAAUAUUAAUCGAGCGAGAAGAAAUGAAAAAUAUAUCUAUGCGCAACUGUGUAUAAGAAAAAAAAAGUAUAAUUAUAUAUAGAUAUAUUUAAUAAUAUUAUACCAUAUUUGAUGAAAAAAAACAAACGAAAAAAAAUAUUCUUUACCAAGAUGAUAUACAUGUAACUACUCAUGUGUGUUAUAUAUAUAAAUAUGAAUUAUAUAUAUAAACAUAUUUUUGGUUAAAAAUAUAAGAGUCAUUAUAAUUUAUUUAAGUUGUCGAACGUAAACGGAAGGGAGAUCGCUUUGCUGUUACAGUAUCCUAGAAUCAAUGCAACGUUAACAACCCUUGAGCAUGCGUUUACAUUUAUGUAUAUAAAUGAUGGAUACAUAAACGAGAAACAACUAUUAUUAUUGCUGGGAGCAUCUAUAAAAGUUAAGCACUAAAAAUUUGACAUAAAAAAAGCAAAAACCGCUUCUACGUUAAAUAUAUUUUGAAAAUGCUGUUCCGUUUGUAUUAAACACAUAAAAAAGAGGUACCUUUGUUACUAUUGAUUGUUAAAUAUAUCAUACGAUGUUACAAGGAA